GCGAGAGCUGCGGGAGGGCUGGCGCGCCGCCGCCGCCUCCUCCUGCUGCCGCCCCCUCCUCUCCUUGGCCGGGCUCCCGCGGCGGCGGGCGGCGGCGGCGGCGCUCAGCCCCCUUUUCGUCUGGACUGGGCAGCCGCGUCGGCCGGGCGAGCGAGCGAGCGCGCAGGGAGCCCAGGAGAUUCGCCCGGCGAGCCAUGUCGCUCAGCCCCAAGCACACGACGCCCUUCUCCGUCUCCGACAUCCUCAGCCCCAUGGACGAGACCUACAAGAAGUUCGGCGCCAUGGACGGCAGCCUGGGCGCCCCCCUGGGCGUGGGCGCCGCCGCCUACCGGCAGCCCCAAAACGCAGCCCUGCCUCCGCCACCGCAGCAGCACCCCAUGGGCGCCCACAACGCCGCCGCCGCCGCCUACCACUCCAUGGCGCACGCCGGCGUCUCGCAGUUCGCUCACGGCCCCGUGGCCGGCUACUGUAACGGCGGGCUGGGCAACGUGGGCGACCUGGCACCUUAUCCAGACAGCGUGCGCGGAAGCGCAGCCGCCUCGGGCUGGUACGGAGCCAACGCGGAUCCCCGCUACCCCACGAUUUCCAGGCUAAUGGGCCCGUCGGGGGGCAUGAACAUGGCCGGCAUGGGGGCUCUGUCGGGCAUCGCAGAGGCUGCCAAGUCCCUGGCGCCCGGGCUGCACGCUGCGCCGCGGAGGAAGCGCCGGGUGCUCUUCUCGCAGGCGCAGGUGUACGAGCUGGAGCGGCGCUUCAAGCAGCAGAAGUACCUGUCGGCGCCCGAGCGGGAGCACCUGGCCAGCCUGAUCCACCUCACGCCCACGCAGGUCAAGAUCUGGUUCCAGAACCACCGCUACAAGAUGAAGAGGCAAGCCAAGGACAAGGCCGCGCAGCAGCUCCAGCACCAGCCGCAGACGCAGACGCCUCCCGAGGGGCCCGGCCUGUGCCCGCAGCAGCCGCAGCAGCAAGCGGCGUCUCCCAGGCGCGUGGCCGUGCCGGUUCUGGUCAAGGACGGCAAGCCCUGCCCGCACAGCGCCGCCGCCGCCGCCGGUCAGUCUGCCGGACAAGCUCCCAGCGCCAGCGGGGCCGGGGGCAGCGCUGCCCAGCACCCCCAGCAGCAGCAGCAGCAGCAGCAGCAAGUGACCUCCCUGAGCCAGGCGCCGGACCUAGAAGAGAUGUCCCCCAGCCCGCCUUCGCUGCACAGCCAAGUGGGCGCCCUGGCGCAGAUGGACGCGGCGGCCGUCGAGUAUAACGGCGGCCUGGUCAACGCCAGCUUGCUCUAUGGCCGGACAUGGUAACAACCCCACAAACACCUACCCACCCCCGCACACCCCCCAAAAUAAACCGAACCGCCCUGUUGCUCUUCCUCCCCCGACUCCCGCAAGAGAUGCCCGCUCCCGGGACGCAGCGACCUUCUCCUGCGCUGGCGGACUCCGACGGCAACCAACUGGACUCGGUUGGCUUAGGGAGACAGGGGCAAGCUCUCUCUGCCGUCUAAGUCCUCCUCGGCUCCAGAUCAUCCUCAGGCCACUAGCCCAGGUAUCUGCCUACUUGCUGAAGACUACAGGGGGAUUAAGGAACGAUUUGUUAACGCGGAGCUGGGGAUUAUCCGCUGGGAGCAGGUUGUUCUCUGGCGUAAUUUUGUCACCCGCUCCAGUGGUGGGCGGGAAAGCGGGGCAGAGAAGCCCCCCACCCCCAGCAAAGCUUGAUCUGAAUAUGUUCAUCAAGACAGCUCCUGGGUGGUUCCAGAACUGGGCUGGAUCGGUGUUUUGUACAUAUCCGAUCAAGGCAACCGAGCAAGAUCAACAAUGAAGUGCAACUUAUCUCUGGAAAAAAAGGGAAGAGAUCCUGUUACUAACACUAAUAAUAAUUUUAUAUGGGAGUCCCUUAAGUGCAAUCUCGUUAUUAUUGAUUGAGAGCUGAUUGAAUUGGAACUCGAGGUCGGACUAUCAGCAUGAUCCGCCAUUUUUACAAAAGGGAAGGCGCAACUGUCGCCUGGAGGGUGGCGGGGGAAGGGAGAGAGAGGGAGAGAGAGGAACCCUGACAUUCGGGAUACCCCGCCAUAGGGGUAAUUUCCAAUACAACUUUUUGGACGCGGACGCGCAAGAAAAGUUUUUAAUUAUUGUUAUUUACUAUGUGUUCGAAUGUAUUACUGGCAAAACCUCAUACAAACCCAGCCAUUGUAGAAAGAGCAGGCAAAACAAACGGCCGCCUCGUUUUACUGAAAGGUACAUGAACAGAUGAGCGAGAUGGGCACCGCUCCCUGCCUAGUUCCCAUAACAGGUCCAAUUCCGUGAGAAGUUCUCCUGCGCAAACCCCACUGAAAUCAAUGCGAGCUGAGGAGGAGCACGAAUAAACUUCCUCGAGGAGCAAUGUGCGCCUCACUGAAUUGGAAUCUCCACGUUGGUAAAAUAGGGUUGGGACUGUAUUAAGAGCUGAGCUCUUAAGAGGACCAAAAGAAGCAGUAAACAUGGACGGGGCGGAUAGAAACGGCAGAAUUCCUCUGUCCAUUAGACUGGGAGCAAAAGUUCGAAAUAAAUCCACAGGCAGGAGAAGGUGGCCCUGAAACAGGAAACAAAUUAUGUUUGCCUUUGAAGGCUGAAAUCCUCAGAAAAGUUUAAAUUGCAGUGGGCUUUAAACAGUCUCGACCCAGUGUAGGAUUGCGUCCAAAGUCAUUUGUAGUCUCUGGCGUGGGCAGGAAAAUCGCUUUUACAUAAUUUUGUAAGUCUGUUCUUUGGGCGGGGGGGGGUAUUCUGUUGUUUUAAUUGGCUGGCUGCUUUUUGCUGUUGUUUGCUGUUCUUAAAGAUGGGGAUUAUUAUUCCUUCCAACACGCCGGGUCUGAAAUAGAUCUGCCGUUCUCAAAACUAGCACGAGGUUUGUUCGUAACCAUUUUUCCUCGAAUGGUCAUCAGAAGCAAAGAGAUAAUGUCCCACGAAGGUCCUGCUUGGCGGAGGCCGUGUGUGUGCGCGUGUGUGUGCGUGUGUGUGUGUGACUUUUAAAUAAGUGGGUACAGUUUGAAAACCUCAGAUUGAAAAUAACACGAAUAAAGUAAAGGCUGGAUCGAAAUCUGAUCACAACCAUGUCAGUGAGCCGAUUCUGCCUACUUUACGCAAAGCAAGGGGAUAUCAGAAAUUCAUAAAACAGGAUGCCCGAGAAGAGAGACGCUUGUGGUGCCGCGGUUGUUAUAAGCCUAUUGGAGGGAAGUUCCCGGUUUGCUGCUGCUUUUUAAAAAAUUGAUAACAUAGGAGUUAAUUUAUAUAAUUUAUGCCAUUAGUUAGCUUUAAAGCGGGCACAAGCUCACCUGCCAAAACCCCACUGGCAGGACCAGGAGCCACGCGAAACCAGGGAGUUCCCGGUUCACAUUCGUGGAGAUGGCGCAGGAGAACUUCCAGGAGGCUUUAAGGUCCCGCUUUACCGAGCUGAAUGGGGCUUUGCCACCACCCAGCUCUAAGUGCUUCUGGCCGGUGCUGAAUUGAAGUUUCUUACACGUAAAGAGUUCUGUUUAGGAUCUCAGAGCACAACCCAAGUACUCUUGCCCAGUGCACAGAAUUCCCCUCCCGCCCUGGAAUGGCGCGAUCCUAUGCACGUCUACUCAGAAAGAAGAAAUACAUUUCCUUGGGAGGAAGUCCGGUAGGACUUACUUCCCAGUAGACACGCGAAAGACUACGCUUUCAGUGCAUUUUAGGUAAUUAUUUUGCAAACACGUUAUUGGGCAUGAUGGAUUUCUGUGUCUCCACAAUUAAGAUAAAUUUGGGCAUUUUCCAUUGCUCUAUUUUCUCCGUAUUCCUCAAAGUGACAUUUAUUGCUAAAUUUAGGUGGGAAGUCAGUUCCAUUAAAACAAAUGGAUAGUUCUUUUUGAAGUUAACACUGGAUCUUUGGAAAUACAGUAUGUGUCAUUUAAAAUAAACUCGGAACCAAGAGGACGCGAUCUAACCAAAGCUGGGCUCUUGUUUAAGUCUUUUAAACGAGAAAGCUCCAGUUUAAAUCUCUGCCUCUCGUUUCACACCAGUAUGGUUUUGAAGUACCACACUUGGGCUGGAUCUUGUCCAUUCGGAGCAAGUUAGACUGCGAUGGAAGGCCCAUUUUAAUUUAGAGGGAUUUAGGCUGCACUCGCCACUUACCUAAGCCACGUUUAGUUCAAUGGCACUUUCUUUUAUAUAAGCGCAUGUUCUGCCGCACGUGGCAUUUAAGGUGAUUGCAGUCAAUGGGACUUAAAAGUUAGUGGCUCUGAAUUUACUUUAGCUGUAUCAGGUUAGACUUAGAGGGACUAAGACACCGUGUUGUGUUUAGAAGUCGGGUUAAAAGAAAAGCAAAGCAAAACCACGCUGUGAACGAACGUCUUAAGGCUGCAAUCCUAAAUACUAGGAAAUCAGUCCCAUUGAACUCAGUGGGUCUUACUUGGGAACGCCAGUUAGAAAAUGCAUGGGGAAGAAAGAGAGAGGCUCAGACUGCAGAGAGACGAAAUAGGCUUAGCAUAUUCUGUGGUGUUUGGUUGAUGCGGGAUUUUCGUCUUCUUCGCUGCUCCGGACCGAGGCCCGGAAUGCUACCUAUAACAAAUGGCACACCUCUUUCCGAUUAAAUCCGUUUGAGAUUCAACUAUAAUAAUUAUGAGAUGGCACAAAUACCUGGGAGUAAGUCUGAACGUACUGGGACUUGCUUCCCAGGAAAAAUGCACAGGAUCGGACUGUAAGUACUUAAAUCCAAGUAUUUGGACCUAGUGGUAAAAGGACCGGGUUGCAUGAAAUGUUACAAUCCUGCUGCACCCUCACUUCCCUCCCACCUCUUAUUGUAUUUACUAUCCUAAAUAAACGUUUGGACAAAACAUACUUUA